CGAGGACUUCCAGUUUCUCCUGAUCCAUUCUGGCAAAACAGGGCGAGGAAGAAUGAGUGCGCGACGCUCGCUCAGUGACGCCAGUGCGAGCGACAGCGGCCGCGACGACGACGAGUUCCUCGACGCAGCCUUCGACGAGUUCGAGGAGCAGGAUGCGCGCGGCUUCUUUGAGUCCUCCGCGUCCUCUACGUCUCCUCCGUCUCGUCGAAGCGCUAGUAGUCGUAGAUCCAACGCCGCGCGCAUGUUGGAGGCUCUUGAGGCGCUUUCCCACGAAGCGGAGGGCGAGGGUGUCCCUCAGUCGCUUCGAGGGUUAUUGGAACAGCUACACAGCGGCGACAGCUCCGUGUUGGGCGGUAUGUUCCCAUUUUCUCAGUUACUUCAGGGCUCAGGCGGUAACCCGCGCUUCCAGCGUCUACUGGAGCAGAUCGGAGCGGAUCAACCGGCCCACACACAGAUGGCAGCGUUGUCCGAGCUGUGUGAGACGCUGUCGCUGUCUACAGAGGAAGCUCUGGCGGUCUCAGGUUUCAAUGUGGACAAGUUCGUCCCGGCCGUCGUGGCGCUUCUGCGCACUCCUACGUCCAUGGAGCUGCUGCUACUGGCAGCCAGAGCACUCUCCACGAUAUUGGAGCUGUACCCAAGCUCUGCUAUCCCCAGAGCGACAGCUGAACAUGUGAUCCCGUCGCUGUGUGAGAAGCUGCUGGAGAUCGAAUACAUGGACGUGGCUGAGUUGGCCUUGCAGAUUCUAGAAAAGAUUGUGUGUAAAUCUGAGCAGGCACUCAGUUCCACAGCCACAGUGUCCAAUGCAGCGCAAUUGUGCGCUCAAUACAGAACGGAAUUGAUCCAGGAGAACGGGAUCGUCGCGCUGCUGCAGUUUGUGGACUUUUUCCCGCUGGAAAUCCAACGUCGCGCGGCUCGUAUUGUGUGCCAGUUGUGUACAGACUUCCCUUUGUCCAUGGAAGACAAACUACGCCAAGGACUGCCGUAUAUCACCAACUUGGUGCGAUCAUUCGACCACGAGAUCUUAGAGAGCAGCUUUGCGUGCCUGCAGAAGCUCGGGGAAAGCACAGCGUUCGCUGACAACUCGGAAUUCGCGUCCAUGAUCGCUACAGAGGAGAUUUGCGGUCUGUUACUGACCAAACUCACGUCUUACGCCAGUCUGGAUGGCUCCAGCAGCUCCUCGUCUCAAUUAUCCCCCACAGGCAUCCUGCGCUUCCUCUCCUGUUUGCUGUCGUGUGUUCCAAGUGAUCUGAGUGGAGUGACAGUCAUCCCCAGUGCGUCACACCUGCGUUUUGUCAAGUUGCCGCCUAUUGUGACGGCGUUAUUGGCCAAGCAAGAAGUGAUUUCCGAUAACCAGCUAAUUCGGGAGACUUUGAAGCUGGUGAUCGCUGUUCUCCCCAUUGCAGAGGAGCUCUCGUCCACCGAGACCAUCCCACGCCCCAUGCUCACGCUCGCGCACGAGAUUUUGCCAUUGAUCAUUCGAGUGUACGACGUGACGUCGCGUGCUGAUGUCCGGUACGACUGUCUCGGUGUGAUUUACCGUAGCUGCUCGUUGAUGCAUGCGAACGAGCAGCUUUUCACAGCCCAAGAACGAACCGAGUUAUCUCGCCUUGCUGCUUUCCUGGCUCGAGUGCUGCGUCCCAAUCGCAGCGACACCAAGAGCGACAAAGAUCUGGCUCUAGUGGAGAUUGCGUUGAGGAUUAUUGAGGUCCCGCUGCUGCAUUCCGGUGCACGGGAGGCAGCCAAGGACAUUUUUGAGCGACACGGCGUCGCUAGUAUCAUUCGCUUCUACGUUACUAGUGCCAAGGAAAAUACAAGUGAAGGAGAUAUGCUGGAGAUCCAGACGACGUCAGCUCGACUUGUUCGAGAAUAUCUAGGAGAUGACAGCUCGAUUGUCAGCAUUAUGACGCAGUUGGAGCAACUUGUGGAGCAGCUGCAAACAGCGCAAGCGUCCAAUUCGGCCGAUACUUCACUGUUUGAUGUUCUAUUGAAGCUCCGUGAUUUUGUCGCUCAAGGAGAGGACUUCCUGACUGCCCAUGAGAUCGCUUGCAGUGGACUAGUGAAGGUUCUCAUCCAGAUUCUGUCAGAUACUCGAGGCCAGCAAGCCUUUUCUCAAAUGCUGGACGUGGAAGAUGGCAGUGAUGGGCGGGGGGUUGUGACGUCGCUCUUGCGGUGUUUGCAAGAUUCGAUUUCGUCGGAGAAAGAUGCGUUCUCUGUUUCUACCACCGACGGAUCGUCUGGCCUUUCAUCUGGCAGCGUCGCGAUUGAUCUGGAUCAGCUCACGCAACAUAUUAAAGUUCACGUGUUGAUUGAGGAGACAAAGCCAGCAGCGGAGCCUGAUAAUGAAGACCAGAGUACCCAGACAGACUCUCGUGAUACAUCGGAGGAGUCUCCUCUCCGUGGGAUGAAGACAACUUCGAAGCGGAAUGGGAGAAACCACAAGGCCAACAACCGUACUGUACACGAUACCGUUGUGUUGGUGGAGCCUCUUGCUCGAAUCGAGACGAUGGAGGACUUUAUCGCCGACAAGUUGUUUGGUAGAGGAGGGAGCGCUGAGUCUAUUCUCGACGAGUUGGCAGAUACAGGAGAAGAGAAUGAAAGCGGAGAGAUUGACGAGAGUGGAGAGUUUGCCAAUGAUGUCGUGAAGCCCCGACGAGUGGUAGCGGUCUAUAGAGGACAGGUUCUCCCGACAGAUAUGAGUAUCUUGGAAGCGAUCGUGAAGUUUGGAGGCGUAGAGACGAAUAACAAGACGAACGAACGCUCUGAACCUGCAACGUCGUCUCGCUCUCGCAUUUGGACUGCAUCACCUCACGAUAUCACCUUCCGAGUCGCAGCCUCCUCGGAUUCCAGCGUGUCUGAAGACGCUGUCAGCUCUGAGUCCAAUGCUGACGACUCCAAGGUCGCUGUGGCUGUUCCUUCUGACUCCGAGACCGGCCAGUGGUGGGAUGAUGUGUGGGACUUGUUGCUAUUACUGAAGCUGGUGCGAACGCAGUGCACUGGGAAGUUUGGAACGUCUCUCAAUUUUGUCAACAGUUAUCUGAGUCUCCAAGUGCGUCGCGCGUUGCAGCAGCCUGUGCGUGUGGUGACAAAUUCCCUUCCGGAGUGGUGUUUCCGUCUUGUCAAUGAGUUUGCGUUUGUGCUGGAGUUCGAGACGCGCUGUCAUUUCAUGUACGCGACGACGUGUGGAUGUUCCAGAGCGAUUCAGUAUUUGUGUCGAUCAGUGUGGAGGAAAGCCGUGAUGGAGGAACCCGCAGCGCAGCAGACACGACCAAGCACUUCCAGUAGACGUCGGUAUCGUGAUGGAUCGAGUCGUACUCGGACGUCUGGCUUGGAUAAUAUCGCUCAGAUGGUGAAGCUUCCUCGACUGAAGGUGCGAGUGGCACGUUCGCGUUUGUUGCAGUCGGCGAUGAAGCUCGUGGCGAUUUAUGGCGGCAAGAAGGCAGUGAUCGAGAUUGAGUUCUUAGGGGAGGUUGGCACGGGCUUAGGACCCACUACGGAGUUCUUUACACUCGUGUGUCAGCAGAUACAGUCCAAGCGGCUGCAGUUGUGGAGAGAUGACGAUCGAACUCCAGUGGAUGAAGAGCAGAAGCGAGAGGCUGUUGACGACGAUGAGGCCAAGACACAAGCCAAUAGCUCCCUUGCCAUUCGAGGAUACCAUCGUGUUGCAGUGUAUCACUGCAGUAAGUGCAAGGCUCUUCAUAUCCCCACGUGCUCGGUGCAUCGACAGCUCCUGACACACGAGAAGAAAGCAGACAAGGCAGCAAGUGACGGUGACGUUAAGCAAGCUAAAGCCAAGAGCUCAGAACGGCGACAGACGGCUAGAAACUCCAUUCCACAGUGCGCACAGUGUCUUGAUGACCACGACUGGCACUCCGCUGCUGUGUCCUGUGAUUGCAGUGAAGAAAGCUACGGUAAAGCCAAUGGAUGUACGCUCAAGUGGUGGAUCUUGAGUGACGAAGAGGCUCAGUAUCUGGCCAAGGUCUUCCCUCGACACAGUAAGAAGGUCAACCAUCCAGUGCUGCAGUGUGCACACUGCGAUACCGUCAAUUUCCCCGGUACAGAUGCUGGUAUUGUGGUGAUGGAUGGAGAGCGCAUGGUCUCACGCUCAGGUCGACGCAUGUUUGAGCGAGACUAUCGUGCCGUGACCAAGCACGUGUCGCCGUUGUGUGAGGGAACGCCGUUGAAUGUCAUGACGUCUGCAAUCACUCGCAGUGACGUGGAUCUGCUAGUGGAGAACUUGGCACAAAGUCCAGAGGUGAUGGAGUCUGAAGUGGAGUCGUUAAGUUACUUGAGUGAAGCGGCUGUCGCGAGUGUUAACGUGGGUGGAGGACCUCCCGUCACGGCUCCGUUUGGUCUGUAUCCGAAGCCGUAUCUUAGCGACGAUGGUCUGGACGAGUCGAAAUCGUCUAUUGAUACCGACUCAAGCGAUGUUCCGAGUCUGGAAGCUGACGCGACGUCACUCAGCGGAGAUGAAGUGGAUGUAUUGGCGUGGUUCCGGUUCUUGGGACGCUUUGUGGGUCAAGCGAUCUUGGACGAACGGCUGUUGAAUCUGCCGUUCGCUCGUCCGUUCCUGCGAGCGCUACGUGGCGAGAAGAUGGUGGGCAGUGGCGUGAGUGUGGAGACGUCGCUCUCGUUCGUGGAAGAGCUGGAUCCUGCCGUCGCCAACUCGCUGCGCUACUUGCACGAUUUGGCAAUGAAGUUCGAAGCGAAGGAACCGGAAGCUGAUGCGUCAGAGAUGGCUACGGAAGUGGAUUCUCUGUGUCUUUCGUUCACAAUGGUCGGCUCUGAUGAUACCCCACUGGAACGCGGCGGUCAGGACACUCCCGUGACGCUCAGUACACUACGUCGAUAUGUUUCACUGAAUCUAGAGUUCCUACUGGACCGUACGAUCAAGAGCCAAGUGCAAGCAUUCAGACAAGGCUUCGAGCAGAUCUGCGGCAAUGGAGAUCACCAGCUCUUCCGCUUCUUACAGGCAUUCGACGUGCGUGAACUGGAGCAGCUACUGAGCGAUCGAGGCACCGGCAACACCAUGUGGGAUCGCGACGGUGUCGACUUGCGUGAACACAUGGUGUGCGACCACGGCUACACGGCCGACAGUCGUGCGAUCGCCCACCUCGUGUCGAUUCUGUGCGAGUUGUCGGUGGACGAGCAGAGGCUCUUUGUGCGCUUUGUGACGGGCGCUAACCGCCUGCCGUUGGGCGGGUUACGUAACCUCGAGCCCAAGCUCACGGUCGUUCGUAAACUUACUGAGUUGUCGGAUGCCAACAGUAUCGAGGAGAACGACGCCGUGUUGCCGUCUGCAUCCACGUGUACCAAUUACCUCAAGCUGCCAGACUAUUCCACGCGCGAGAUCAUGAAGCAACGACUGCUGUACUGCAUCAACGAAGGCCAGUGCAGCUUCCAUCUCUCGUAAGCACACACGACAAAACGAAAAGGAUGACGCCAAUAGUGAUGCGUUCAGCAAGUGAAAAUGAUCGUGUGCCAGCUGUGUGGGUAUGUAUUUGCAGCGAUUCCUCUGCAGAAUUAAGUGCCCGUUUCUAUUUCUAUUUACGUGUUGCCGACAACUUUGUUUUUUUUUUUAAUGCAAACGAUGGAAGUGGCAAAGUGGUUGAUAAAAUGUUUAAAUAAGUUGCAUGUCCGUUACAGAGGAA